AUGACCCAGGGGGUACCGGCUACAAUUUUGCACAAACCCUCCACUGUCAAUACCAGAGGCUCAGCCCGCAGUGUACGAGGCGAGCGGCACAGGCGGAUACUGGAGAAAGAGGUAGCAACGCUCCUUUCCAAGGGCGCCAUCAGGGAAGUGGGGAAGGAUGACCAUCAGGCAGGGUUCCUCUCACACUAUUUUCUGAUUCCCAAGAGGGAUGGAAGCCUUCGGCCAAUCUUGGACUUGAGAGGCCUGAUUCGGUAUCUGCGACCCCUCCGAUGCAAAAUGCUCACACUCCCAAGGGUACGCCAGGCCAUAAAUCAAAGCGACUGGUUUGCCACGAUCGAUCUUAAAGACGCCUAUUUUCAAAUACCAAUUUGGAGAGGACAUUGGCGCUUCCUUCGGUUCCGAUCUGGGGACAGAACAUACGAGUUCAUGGUCCUCCCUUUCGGAAUCUCUCUGGCACCCCGCACAUUCACAAGGUGCAUGGAUGCAGUCCUCGGACCCCUUCGUCAGCAAGGCCUCAGGGUCCUCAAUUAUUUGGACUAUUGGUUGGUGUGUGCCCAGACACAACAGAUGUGCCACAACCACGUUUCCAGGUUGCUGCAGCACAUCCAGAAUUUGGGGCUGCAGAUAAACGAAAAAAAGAGCGAACUGGAACCAACACAGGUCACCCAGUUCCUCGGCAUGACCCUGGACUCCAGGGCGGCAACAAUCUCCCUGACCGCACGGCGGAGAGAGGCCAUAAGGGCUUGCCUCUGCCACUUUCGCCUCAACACAAGGGUGAGCUGGAGGCUGUGUCUCCGUCUGAUGGGCCUGAUGGCAACCACUGUCCAGAUAGUCCCACUCGGCCUUUUGCACAUGCGACCGGUGCAGCGGUGUCUGCUGAGCUUGGGCUUGAGCCCCCAGACUACCAUGUCAACCAAAGUUUUGGGUGACACGACGACUUGUUGGGGGGCUGUACAUGCAGGCCUAGGAGUCCGGGGUGCCUGGACCGGCAAACAGUUGAAACAGCAUAUCAAUGCUCUCGAGCUCCGGGCGAUUCACCUUGCGCUUCUACAAUUCCUCCCACGCCUUUGGGGCUGCCAUGUACUAGUCAGGACUGACAGUACAGUGGCAGCAGCCUAUUUCAACAGGCAGGGGGGACUGGGCUUUCCCCACUUAGGGCAGCUGGCCCACGACUUAUGGACAUGGGCAUACCCAUAGUUCCUGUCUCUAAGAGCCACCUACCUGCCAGGCCCUCUGAACACCGCGGCGGACUUGUUGUCCAGGGGAGGCCCUCAGCCAGGAGAGUGGAGGCUCCAUCCGGAGGUCGUUGCGCAGAUCUGGCACUGCUUCGGGAUGGCAGUAGCCGAUCUGUUUGCCUCCAGGGAGACAGCUCACUGCCCAAUGUUUUUCUCCCUGGGGAGGGACAGCCCACCACUAGGGACGGACGCUCUGGCUCACCAGUGGCCUCAAGGCCUGCUGUAUGCCUUUCCCCCUUUCAGCCUUCUCCACCCCCUCUUAUGGAGGAUCCAGCUCGACAAUGCGGCAGUGAUCUUGGUGGCCCCAAAUUGGCCUCACAUGCCAUGGUUCUCAGAGAUCGCACCACUCUAACGGGACCCCAUGCUGCAGGCACGAGGCACCCUGUUUCACCCCUUCCCAAAGGGCCUGAAACUGUGGGCAUGGCCCCAGAAUUGA